GUCAUGACCCCAGCAUUUAAGAAGUUCUUCAAGGCAGUGUUGAACAUGAUCCAAGAGAAAAUGUGAUUUGAGUCUGGAGACAGCUGUGCAUGUCAGCUAAUAAAGCCCAGUAUAGCAGAGAGGAGAGAAGCUUUCUUUGGGAGACUGCUACCACUUUUUUAUAAACUGCUUCCAGUUUGGUUUGUAUCACAUACAUAUUUUAUUGGGGCCUUGAUGAUGGAGAAAAGGCGUGUGCGGUGUUUCCUGUACCUCCUGCCUUUCCUCAUGAUUCCUGUCGUAGCAGAAUCAGAACAGAGCCAUAAUGAAUCUAGGAAGUUGAGUGUUACCAGAAAUAAAAUUAUGACGGCUCAAUAUGAAUGUUACCAGAAAAUUAUACAAGAUCCCAUUCAACACACUGAAGGCAUGUACUGCAACCGGACCUGGGACGGCUGGCUGUGCUGGAACUACGUGCUGGCGGGCACCGAGUCGGUGCAGCACUGCCCGGACUACUUCCAGGACUUCGACCCCUCAGAAAAGGUUACAAAGAUCUGUGACCAGGAUGGACACUGGUUUAGACACCCAGACAGCAACAGAACCUGGACCGACUACACCCGGUGCAACACCAACACGCACGAGCGCUUGCAGACGGCGCUGAAUUUGUUCUACCUGGCUAUAAUUGGACAUGGAUUGUCUAUUGCAUCGUUGCUCAUCUCACUUGGCAUAUUCUUUUAUUUCAAGAGCCUCAGUUGCCAAAGGAUUACUUUGCACAAAAACCUGUUCUUCUCCUUCGUGUGUAACUCUGUCAUCACGAUCAUUCAUCUCACAGCCGUGGCCAACAACCAGGCCUUGGUGGCCACGGAUCCUGUGGGCUGCAAGGUGUCCCAGUUCCUGCACCUCUACCUGAUGGGCUGCAACUACUUCUGGAUGCUCUGCGAAGGCGUGUACCUGCACACGCUCAUCGUGGUGGCCGUGUUCGCAGAGAAGCAGCGCCUCCUGUGGUACCACGUCCUGGGCUGGGGGUUCCCGCUGAUCCCCGCCUGCACGCACGCCGUGGGCAGGAGCCUGUACUACAACGACAAGUGCUGGAUCAGCUCCGACACGCACCUGCUCUACAUCAUCCACGGCCCCAUCUGCGCCGCCCUGCUGGUGAACCUCUUCUUCCUGCUGAACAUCGUGCGUGUGCUCAUCACGAAGCUGAAGGUCACGCACCAGGCGGAGUCCCACCUCUACAUGAAGGCCGUGCGGGCCACGCUCAUCCUCGUGCCGCUGCUGGGCAUCCAGUUUGUGCUGCUCCCGUGGCGCCCUGAGGGCAGGCCCGUGGAGGAGGUGUACGACUACGUCAUGAACAUCCUCAUGCACUACCAGGGUCUUCUGGUCUCCACAAUCUUCUGCUUCUUUAACGGAGAGGUUCAAGCAAUUCUAAGAAGAAACUGGUAUCAAUAUAAGAUCCAGUUUGGAAGCAGCUUUUCGCACUCGGAUGCCCUCCGCAGCGCGUCCUACACAGUGUCAACCAUCAGUGACGGCACGGCGUACAGUCACGACUUCUCCAGCGAGCACUCAAAUGGGAAAAGCAUCCAGGACAUUGAGAAUGUCGUCUUAAAGCCGGAGAAGUUAAAUGAUUAUAUCUUACAAUAGGGGCAGGACUGUUCAACCCCCAUAGUGUGCCACUCUAUGCUCAAGGACUUAGAUCCAUGACUUUAUAACCAGAAGACUUCCAUAUUAAGUGGAUUUCUUGAUUGCCACAGAGAACACGCCUAUGAAUUC